AUGGCCUCACAGCUGCAGUUCUCCCCGCCAUCAGUGUCGUCCAGUGCCUUCUGCAGCGCCAAGAAGCUGAAGAUAGAGCCCUCCGGCUGGGAUGUGUCUGGCCAGAGCAGCAGCGACAGAUACUACCCCCCCAGCAAGCCCCUCCCGGCCGCCCCGGGGCCGGCCAGCUCCGCCCAGCAGGUAGCCAGCUUCAGCAUCCCCGCCUAUGACCAGGCCCGCCGCCUCCCAGCGCCCGCCGCCGAGCACAUCGUGGUCACGGCCGCCGACAGCUCGGCCAGCGCGGCCCCGUCCAGCCUGCAGAGCGGCCAGAGCCUGCCGCGCCGGAGCACCGUGUCCCUGCUGGAGCCCUACCCGAAAUGCGGCCUGAAGCGGAAGAGUGAGGAGGUGGACAGCAACGGCAGCGUGCAGAUCAUCGAGGAACACCCCCCGCUCAUGCUGCAGAGCAGGACCGUGGUGGGCGCCGCUGCCACGACCGCCGCCGUCACCACCAAGAGCAGCAGCUCCAACGGGGAGGGCGACUACCAGCUGGUCCAGCACGAGAUCCUGUGCUCCAUGACCAACAGCUACGAGGUGCUGGAGUUCCUGGGCCGGGGCACGUUCGGGCAGGUGGCCAAGUGCUGGAAGCGGAGCACCAAGGAGAUCGUGGCCAUCAAGAUCCUGAAGAACCACCCGUCCUACGCCAGGCAGGGCCAGAUCGAGGUGAGCAUCCUCUCCCGCCUGAGCAGCGAGAACGCCGACGAGUACAACUUUGUCCGCUCCUACGAGUGCUUUCAGCACAAGAACCACACCUGCCUGGUGUUCGAGAUGCUGGAGCAGAACCUGUACGAUUUCCUGAAGCAGAACAAGUUCAGCCCGCUGCCGCUCAAGUACAUCCGGCCCAUCCUGCAGCAGGUGGCCACGGCCCUCAUGAAGCUCAAGAGCCUCGGUCUGAUCCACGCCGACCUGAAGCCAGAGAACAUAAUGCUGGUCGACCCGGUGCGCCAGCCCUACCGAGUGAAGGUCAUUGACUUUGGCUCCGCUAGUCACGUGUCCAAGGCCGUGUGCUCCACCUACCUACAGUCACGCUACUACAGAGCCCCUGAAAUUAUUCUCGGAUUGCCGUUUUGUGAAGCCAUCGACAUGUGGUCGCUGGGCUGUGUGAUAGCUGAGCUGUUCCUGGGGUGGCCUCUCUAUCCUGGUGCUUCGGAAUAUGAUCAGAUUCGUUACAUUUCACAAACACAAGGUCUGCCAGCUGAAUAUCUUCUCAGUGCCGGGACCAAGACCACCAGGUUUUUCAACAGAGAUCCUAACUUGGGGUACCCACUGUGGAGGCUUAAGACUCCCGAAGAACAUGAAUUGGAAACUGGAAUCAAAUCAAAAGAAGCUCGAAAGUACAUUUUUAAUUGUUUAGAUGACAUGGCGCAGGUGAACAUGUCUACAGACUUAGAAGGAACAGACAUGUUGGCAGAGAAGGCGGAUCGCAGAGAAUACAUUGACCUGUUAAAAAAAAUGCUAACAAUUGAUGCAGAUAAGAGAAUUACUCCUCUGAAAACGCUUAACCAUCAGUUUGUAACCAUGACUCACCUUCUGGAUUUUCCACAUAGCAGUCAUGUUAAGUCUUGUUUUCAGAACAUGGAGAUCUGCAAGCGGAGGGUUCACAUGUAUGAUACAGUGAGUCAGAUCAAGAGUCCCUUCACGACGCACGUGGCCCCAAAUACAAGCACAAACCUAACCAUGAGCUUCAGCAACCAGCUUAAUACAGUGCACAAUCAGGCCGGUGUUCUAGCUUCCAGCUCCACGGCAGCAGCUGCUACUCUGUCUCUGGCUAACACGGACGUCUCCCUGCUGAACUACCAGUCGGCCCUGUACCCGUCGUCGGCAGCCCCGGUGCCUGGCGUGGCCCAGCAGGGCGUCUCCCUGCAGCCCGGGACCACGCAGAUCUGCACGCAGACAGACCCCUUCCAGCAGACCUUCAUAGUCUGUCCGCCCGCUUUCCAGACUGGACUCCAGGCCACGACGAAGCAUUCUGGGUUCCCUGUGAGGAUGGAUAACGCCGUGCCCAUCGUCCCCCAGGCGCCGGCGGCCCAGCCGCUGCCCAUCCCGUCGGGCGUGCUCACGCAGGGAAGCUGUACUCCACUAAUGGUAGCAACUCUCCACCCUCAAGUAGCCACCAUCGCGCCGCAGUACGCGGUGCCCUUUACCCUGAGCUGCGCAGCCGGCCGGCCGGCGCUGGUUGAACAGACCGCCACUGUACUGCAGGCUUGGCCCGGAGGCACCCAGCAGAUUCUCCUGCCCUCCACGUGGCAGCAGCUGCCCGGGGUGGCGCUGCACAACUCUGUCCAGCCUGCAGCCGUGAUCCCGGAGGCCAUGGGCGGGGGCCAGCAGCUCGCAGACUGGAGGAGUGCCCACUCGCAUGGCAGCCAGUACAGCACCGUCAUGCCGCCGUCCUUGCUCACCAGCCACGUGACGCUGGCCACCGCGCAGCCCCUGAACGUUGGCGUCGCCCACGUCGUCCGACAGCAGCAGUCCAGCUCCCUGCCUUCGAAGAAGAACAAGCCGUCGGCUCCCAGCUCCUCCAAGUCUUCUCUGGAUGUACCGCCUUCUCAAGUCUAUUCCCUGGUGGGGAGCAGUCCCCUCCGCACCUCGUCUUCCUAUAACUCCCUCGUCCCCGCCCAAGAUCAGCAUCAGCCAAUCAUCAUUCCAGACACUCCCAGCCCUCCCGUGAGUGUCAUCACCAUCCGCAGCGACACCGACGAGGAGGAGGACAGCAAAUACAAGCCCACUAGCUCUGGCCUGAAGGCACGGUCCAAUGUCAUCAGCUACGUCACUGUCAACGACUCUCCCGACUCUGACUCUUCCCUGAGCAGCCCGUAUUCCACCGAGAACCUGAGCGCUCUCCGGGCCAAUAGCGGGCCCCACGUGGAGGGGCAGGGCAGAGGCGUGGGCGACGGCCCUGGCACUCGCACCAUCAUUGUGCCUCCGCUGAAGACUCAGCUUGGUGACUGCACUGUAGCAACCCAGGCCUCGGGUCUCCUGAGCGCCAAGACCAAGCCCGUGGCCUCGGUGAGCGGGCAGUCCUCCGGAUGCUGUAUCACCCCCACCGGGUGCCGAGCGCAGCGCGGGGCCACCGGCACGGCACAGCCCCUCAACCUCAGCCAGAACCAGCAGUCAUGCGCUCCAACCUCGCAGGAGAGAAGCGGCAACCCUGCCCCCCGCAGACAGCAGGCGUUUGUGGCCCCGCUCUCCCAAGCCCCCUACACCUUCCAGCACGGCAGCCCGAUACACUCGACGGGGCACCCACACCUGGCCCCCGCCCCUGCUCACUUGCCAAGCCAGCCUCACCUGUACACGUACGCUGCCCCCACCUCCGCCGCCGCACUGGGCUCCACCAGCUCCAUCGCUCAGCUCUUCUCCCCCCAGGGCUCCUCCAGGCACGCCGCGGCCUACGCCACCCACCCCGGCACCCUGGUGCACCAGGGCCCUGUGAGCGUGGGGCCCAGCCUCCUCACCUCUGCCAGCGUGGCCCCUGCUCAGUACCAGCACCAGUUUGCCACCCAGUCCUACAUUGGCUCGUCCCGGGGCUCAACAAUUUACACUGGAUACCCACUGAGUCCAACCAAGAUCAGCCAGUACUCCUACUUGUAG